AUGGUCCUCUACACCGGCCCAGACCCCGACCAAAGAUGGUUCUCUCUAGAAAGACACUACGACGGCACCGAGGAAGAAGACAAAUACGAGCAAGAACUCCCAUCAUGGAAGGUUAAAGAGUGGCGCCUCUAUUGCAUUGGGCACAAGUUGAUGCACAACAUCGACACUGUAGAUCCACUCGAGAUUCGUAUCGCGUACGAAAUCGGGAACGGUAUAAUCGAGAUGACUGAUGUUGCUACCGAUAACCCGGACCCGAGACUGGCAGAUGCAAACUUCGAGGUUAUCGAUACUGUGGAAGUUUAUAAAGAGGCGCUCGCUGGGUAUGAUGGUAGAGAUGGGAAAGGAGCUGCGGAGAAGAAAGAACUCACUUUUUUUAUUUGGGGCGCUACGAUUCGGUAUCCUCAAUGGGACGCAGACAAGGUCCUCCAAGCUUUCGACGGUCCCCAGCGUGAUGAGUUGAUUCAUAUCGGGAAAGAUUUUGCCCGGAGACGCAAGGAAGCUAGAUGGAGCGAUAUCUCGCGAGAUGGCGAACACAUGGACAAGAAAGCUCACCACGGUCAUGUUCCACGUACCAUGGAGCCAACGGCUGCCGACACGGCACAUUUCUUGGAACAGCUCGUCUCCAUGAUGAACAGGUCUGGGGAUCUCGAUAGAUGGGAAUACGUGUGUACGAUUGCGCAGCAAGGAGAGGACCUCAACACUCGCGUGCUUUAUCUGUUUCAGUGCAUCGACGACGAUAAUACGGUUCUCGAUGAGAUGGUGAUUAAGAUCUUGCCAGGGCACCCGGAACAGAUCUAUGAAAUUGGUGAAUCGGAAUUCGGACUGCAUAUGAAGUUGCUAGAAAUCUUGAAGAACACUGGAAACACGGGGAAUCAAACAAAAUGCAUCGCAGACUCCUACGGAUGGUCUGUACGAAAAAGAGAAAAGCCGGGCCAGGAAAUAUGGCUGCAUACGCAACUGCACGAAAUAACCUUCACUAACACCAUGAUCCAGACGUAUGGGUACUUGGAAUUCUGCCCGUACGGCGACAUGUCAUACUUGGUGAACACAAACCUAGAAGACAAACAACACCCCGAAUUCUUCAUCUGGCUCACAAUCCGCUCCAUGGCCGAAGCGGUCCUGCUCCUGCACGCGAGCCGCGCAAUCGCCCCGACAGAACCCGAAGACGACACCUACGACCCCGGCACCGCAAACGAAGACAUACCGGGCGCAGCGCCCGCAGACGAAUGGACCCCCCUCGUCAACGUCGACAUCAAAACAAGCAACAUCUGCCUCGGGAAAGAACUAGCGCAGUACCCAGCAUUCAAGUCGAUCAAAAUGAUCGACUUUGGGCUAUGCUACGCGCUCGACGACAAAAGCCUGAGUUGGCGUGCGCGCAUGCAACGCAAAGCGCCGGGGACACCGGGAUGGAGGCCGCCAGAGCUAGCCGGGAAUCCGGUCGAUGAAGCGUUCAACAAGCGGAAUCCGAUUACGGUGGCGACUUCUAUUGCGAGCAUUGGUCUCGUGGCGCUGAAUCUCAUGGAAGGGAGAGAUCUCUACUUCCCCGACAUGGAUCACUGGAUGUCGGGUCAUCCUACGUUGGAGGCUUUCUCAGAUCGCUACGAAAACGUGUAUAGCAGCCAGCUGGUGGAUCUAGUGUGGGAAUGCUUGCGGCGUGAGUCGCAGGAUCGCCCGCGCCUGUGGGAGUUGCUGCAUAGAGCUAAGAAAGGGAUUGAGAGGUGGCAGAAGAAGAACGGAUCGCUGGUGCAUAAGGCGUUGGGUGAGGUGGAGGAUCGGGAGAAGAUGAUUUGGGACAAUGGGUAUUGGCGGAUUGGAGUGCCGGGGCCUUUGAAACGAGCGUCCGACGAUUUGGAUGAGGGUGGGCAGGGUGGUGAGGGAGGGUCGGGAUCGCGCACUUCGAAACGGUCGAGGAAUUCAGCGGGUGCGACAGGAAGUCGGGGCAGGAAAACAGCGUAACUUCAAAGUGUUCAUUACUCAUCAGUUUCGUGAUAACCACGGAACAUGUGUUGUUCCAAGGCAGUGUUAUCGUGUGAUUUUUAAUAUCAAGUGUUUAUGCCGUAUAGAAAUGCCAUGUUUCACUCACGUCCUGAGUAGACUUCAGAAGAACGUGAGAUGAAACGAAGAGAAACAAAAGAAUAUUCCGUAGCAUCCUUUGUCUUCUGCAUUCCAAUCACCUGAGUAAUCAACACAAUUCCCUCAAGACACACUAUUUCCUUCAGAAGUUACAGAGAUGCUGUCAAGCAUUUUCCUUGUAUCACACUAAGUCUACUAUUCCAUCGUCGCAGAUUCUACGCGGCACAAAC